GCAAUACCUGAAAGACCAUCCUUUUCCAUUCUGGAACACUGGAACACCAGAACACCAGAACACCAGAACACCAGAACACCUAACAGCUUUAACUUUCAGCAACCCUUCAAAUUUACUUAUCAAACUCUCCGAGAAUCAUCCGUGCAGAGCGGUUCACCGUCACAUUCUUGAUUGUUGUGCGCACUGUUUAAUCGUAUCCCUCAUCUAAUACUCCAUCGCUCCGCACAACAAGAUGAGCUCUUCGCAUCCUCAGAAUUCUCACCCAGGAGCACCGCAACCUCAAAUUCAGCCAUGUCGGUACAAGACUGGAAAGACGUUGGGCGCAGGGUCAUACUCAGUCGUCAAAGAAUGCGUCCACGUUGAUACAGGAAGAUAUUACGCCGCAAAAGUCAUUAAUAAACGAUUAAUGGCGGGAAGAGAACAUAUGAUUCGUAAUGAGAUCGCUGUACUCAAGCGUGUUUCAAUGGGACAUCAAAACAUCCUGACUUUAGUCGAUUACUUCGAAACCCUCAAUAAUUUAUAUCUUGUUACCGAUUUGGCACUUGGGGGAGAAUUGUUUGAUCGCAUUUGUCGAAAAGGUUCUUACUUCGAAUCUGAUGCUGCAGACCUUAUCAGGGCAACACUUUCCGCUGUGGCGUACCUACACGAUCAUGGCAUCGUCCAUCGCGAUCUGAAACCCGAAAAUUUAUUGUUUCGAACACCAGAAGAUAAUGCGGAUUUGUUGAUUGCAGAUUUUGGUUUGAGCAGAAUAAUGGACGAAGAGCAGUUUCACGUUUUAACCACUACUUGCGGUACACCAGGUUAUAUGGCACCAGAAAUCUUCAAGAAGACAGGACAUGGAAAGCCAGUAGAUAUUUGGGCAAUUGGUGUUAUUACGUAUUUCUUACUAUGUGGAUACACGCCUUUCGACAGAGAUUCUAAUCUGGAGGAAAUGCAAGCGAUUCUCAUCGCAGACUAUAGCUUUACACCUAUAGAAUACUGGCGAGGUGUUAGUCGAGGAGCUCGAGAGUUUAUCAGGAAAUGCCUUACAAUCGAUCCUACCCAAAGAAUGACCGCCCACGAAGCAUUGACACACCCUUUCGUCACCGGUGAAUCAGUAUCAAAGGAUGGUAAAGGUAGCGAUUUACUUCCGAUUGUUAAGAAGAACUUCAAUGCUAGGCGGACUCUUCAUGCUGCCAUUGAUACUGUACGCGCCAUUAAUAAACUCCGCGAAGGCCAAGCCGGUAUGAUGGACGGUUCAAAAUCUAUGGAGCCAAAUCGUGGAGCCAGACCUUUGAAUCCGAACAGUAAAGAUUCUGGAUUGGGUGGGAUGGGACCUGGAGAUGGAGAUAGUGCUAUGGAUGUUGAUUCAGGAUAUGGUACAGCAGGUACGAACAACGAUGAGCGUGAAAAGUUUAUGAGGGGUAUAGAGAGAAGUUCUGGUCAGGGUCAAACAGAAGCACAAAUCGAGGCGCAGACUAGGAAAAUCGCUGAAACAACAAAGGGUUUAUGGUCUGCAGGAGCGGCGAAGAUCUCGGGGAGAUGAUGAUGAUGAUGAAAAAGCACUUGAUAUUCAAAACUUCAAUUCUUCUUGUUCUCUUCGGUCCUUUACCAUUUUUUAUUUUCUCCACACCAUGCCACUGGACGACACGAAUUCUUUACGACCAUGAUCUAUUUCUUGUGGCGUUUCACGUCAACUUUAUAUUCAAAUGAGGAGUUGAAGUGUCUAUUUGAGCAACUUUGGGCUGGGAAUUUUUGUUCGCAUGAUGAAGAUGAGAUUUGAGACAGUUGAGCUGUGAUAUGAGCUCUUGGAAAUGUAGUGGGGGUGUAUUGGGAAGCAAAGCUAUAGAUUUCUUAAUAACAGGAUACCAUUUCACAAUGCAAUGAUAGUCUUGGAACA